CGAGUCUCCGAGCUCGCCAGCCCGACAGCCGGCGUGUGACAAUGCGGACGAGCCGUGUGGAAUGUGCCCGUCCUGCCUCUUUCUCGUCUCCAGAACAAGCGAGUCUUCGCCCAGGUCGCUGAACCUGUGGAAGAUCUCUGACGAGUCCCGCCGGAGUUUUAUUGUGGGGAUGCUGUUGCGGUGCAGGAGCGUGCCUGUGCUGGAGAACAUCCAAAACUCGCUGCGCCUCACCUCCUGGAACUUGCUUAGCUACGCGCCCAGCAAGGGCAAUACUUUGCCGGAGCUUUACGCGCGGCUAGACCGCAAGACGCGCCCGGCGCCCUUGAUCCGGGAGAUCUGGGAAUGGUUCAACGAAAGUCCGGAAUGGGUCCAGACACGCUACCUUUGCCUGUUGCUGCUACGGUGCGAUCCGGAACUGCUAAGUAUGGUCAAGAAUCUCAUCAGUGUGGUGAUGACCAGGCUCCGGCGAGAGCUGGAAGAGCAGAGUUGCACAAGUACACAACAAAACCCAGCCAGCAGAGAUGAGUCCAAAAAAGAUGCAUUUUCUCCCGUCCUUCCGGUCCUACCUGCAAUCUCAAAGUUUUUGUCAGGGCUCAACAGAAACCGAGACUUCAUCAGCAAACUUCCCUUUGAUUUGUCCAAGAGGAUUUUGGGGCUGCUCGACGAGACGAUGCUGAAGCGCUGCAUGAGGGUAUGCAAGACCUGGAAGCAACGGGCAGGGGAGACCAUGGAGGAGAUACGCUUCAGAAAACUCUACCAGGAGCAGGUGGAGGCCAUGAUGAAGCGCUACAAAGGUGUUCAAAUGGUCAAUCCUUCCUACGCGAGGAUGGUGGACGUCGCGGUGCCGGCCGAGGAACAUGAGCGGGGGGAAGUGAAGUCAACACACAUGUGGCCCUUUGAAUCGGCUUACGCCAACAUCCCAACCAAGACGGUGCGGAUGGAGGAGCGCAACAUUUACUGCGGCCCGUAUUUCACCUCUGUGCUGAUUGACACCGAAGAUCCCCACCGUGUGGUAGAUUACAAGGGCGGGCCCAUGCUAAGCACGGCGUCCAAGGACCGCGCCGUGCGACUGUUGUACGUGGGGGCCACGACCAAGGAGGUGGGGCUGAUGAAGGGCCACGUGGGCAGCAUCCGUGUUGUCCUGCUAUGCCCUGAGCGCCAACUGGUCAUCACGGCCAGUUGCGACACCAGCAUCAGGUGUUGGAGCGUAAGGACGGACCAAUGUGUGUUGGUGCUUUAUGGUCACUCCAGUAUGAUCAACUGCCUUGACAUCCAUGCCGAUAGACUUGUGUCAGGUGCCAAGGAUUGCACGGCCAAAGUGUGGAGUCUCCAGACAGAGAAGCACCUCGAGGACUUUAACUUCAAGCACCGCAGUUCUGUGCGCUGCGUGAAGAUCAACGCCACCGCCGUGUUCAGUAGCUGCGACCGAGGCGUCGUUAAACUAUGGGACGCUGAGAAUGCUUCGUUGCUCAGGGUGAUCGACGCCCACAGCAGCGCCGUCCGAUGUAUGUUUGUGGACGAGUGGCACCUCCUGUCCGCCGACACCAACGGUCAGGUGAUGGCCUGGAGCAGCCGAUGUGAAACCAAAGGAUGCCUUAUGACUGUCAGUCAUCCAAAGGAGGUCAAAUCUCUGACCCUGGCUUAUCUUCGAGUGGUCACGGGCUGCGUGGACGGAAAGAUCCGCAUCUUCAACUUCCUCACGGGAGACUGCCUGAGGACCAUCGUGGUGGAGGCCGAGACCACCGGUCGCAUGCUUUCGCUGCACUUCUGCGAGAACAACAUUUUAGUCAACGCGACGAGCUGCGUGAAGCUCUACCAGUUUGCCAAAGUUUUCUGGGAUUACGAGGAGCCGGCGUACGAGGCGAGUUCUGCUUCGAUCAAAAUCCCACCGCCCGAACUGAACCCUCCCUCCACCUCUGCCAAGUCAAAGCACGUGACUACAGAAGAAGUCACACAGAAAUUGAAAAGCCUGCUUCAACCUUUAACGCCCAACAUCAGCCAGCGUUCACGCCACGUGAGCCAGAUAAGCAGCCACCGCUCGGAGGACAGCCCGCCGCAUUGCCAACGCCGCCGACCUUUGACAUCCGUCCGGAACCCGCCGCGGGCUCUUCUGGUGGAAGAUGAAGUGAAGUCAUCAUCAGAGGGAUGGGGCGACCUAUACCCCACCUUCCCCUCCCUCUCCACCAUACUGCCCUCUUGGCCCACUGCCUCCGGGGCGUCAUUAGACUUGAGGAUCAAGGGUGGAAGGCCCCCACAACCCCCUUUGCAUUGA